CAUAAAAUUUUGAACCGCUAUCGAAAAUGAAUCUCCGUGUAUGCCGUAAACCCUAUAGCAUACUAUUCAGUAUUUGCUAAAACCAAGCUCAAGCGCUGUAACGGUUUGUUUACACUGAGUCGCGGACGCCGAGACGCUUUACGCCAUUGGUCCUAAUUCCUAACAAAUAAUUUAUAGGCUAUAUUGUAAUAAUUCCCGGAUCCGCCGCCAUUCCGACUAUUCUCGCUUUGUCGUUCGGCACUUGUUUACGGCCUCCCGCCAAAGAUCACUUUGCUGUUAGCUGCCAGUAAAUUGUUUAGUCAUCAUUCUUUAAUUUUCUUGCGAGCCGCGAACGAUUCGUCUUACUACCGAGUGCCGCCGUAUCUGUAGUUAUUUUUUCUCCGCCGUUUCCCUUCGGUACCUCCUCCUGGUCCCGAAAACCACGAGGACACUCCCCGCGCCAAGUACCUACGCUCGCCGUGACGCCGUGGCGAACGCCCUAAUAGAAUCUCAAGUCGUUUGUACACAAGAUACACGAGACGACAAUGGCAGCCACCAUUGCCGGAGUGUUCAACCCUGAAUUACAAAAUCUCAUCAAAGAGUCCAAGGUCCUGUUAGUAGGCGCGGGUGGCAUUGGUUGCGAGGUUCUCAAAAACCUCGUGUUGACUGGUUUUAGCGAGCUGGAGGUGAUCGAUUUGGACACUAUUGAAGUGAGUAAUUUGAACCGUCAGUUUUUAUUCAACAAAGAAUCGGUGGGCAAAGCCAAAUCUCAUGUCGCUAAAACUAGCGUACUUAAAUUCAACCCUAACGUCAACAUCAUGUCGCACUUCGGUGACAUUAUGGACACGAAGUACGGCGUGGCCUUUUUCAAUAAGUUUAAAUUGGUCAUUAAUGCUUUGGACAACAAGAAAGCGCGUAGCCAUGUUAAUCGCAUGUGCCUAUCAUGUCAAAUCCCUCUCAUUGAAUCUGGUACGAUGGGUUACAAUGGUCAAGUGGAGUUCAUUAAAAAAGGAGUUAGUAUGUGUUAUGAGUGUAAUCCAAGAUCCGAACCCAGGACCUAUCCUAUGUGCACUAUAAGAAAUACUCCCAAAGAGCCCAUCCAUUGUAUCAUAUGGGCCAAAUUCUUGUUUAAUCAGUUGUUCGGCGAAACCGACGAGGAUGUUUCGAUGGAUGAAGAUGGAAAGAUUGGAUCUGAAAAAUUGUCUGCCCGUAAUUGGGCUAUACAAAACAAUUACGAUCCAAAGAAACUAUUCAAAAAAGUUUUUUUUGAUGACAUUAAAGUUUUAUUGAACUUGGAACACUUGUAUGCUGAAAAGAACAUUAAGCCUGUUCUAUUGGACGAAUCGCUCUUAGAUCAAGAACAUACUAAGUAUAGUGACGUUCUAGACAGUGAAAUGUUAACCCUGGAACAAAACAUUUCAAUGUUUUGGGAUUGUGUAACUCCUAUUAAAGAAAAAUGGGAAAGAUCUGCAAAUAAAUGCUUAGUAUGGGACAAGGAUGAUGAUAUGAUGAUGAAUUUUGUUGUGUCUUGUAGCAAUCUUCGCUCUGCCAUUUUUAAUAUUCCUUUUAAAACCCAUUUUGAUAUUAAGUCGAUGGCUGGCAAUAUUAUUCCUGCCAUUGCCACUGCUAAUGCAAUGAUUGCUGGACAAAUUGUGAUCCAUGCUUUGAGAAUCCUUCGAGGCAAAUUUGAGAAAUGCCAAAAUGUAUUCCUCAGAAGUAUGCCAAAUCAUAAAGGGGGAGUACUGGUGAAAGACAAAUGUAUACAACCACCUAAUCCUAAAUGUAAUGUGUGUUCCUCCAAGGGAGAAAUUGUAUUUGUAACCGAUAUGCACAAUUUCACGGUAAGACAGUUGGAAGAACUUGUGUUAAAAAAAAAACUGAAUAUGGUGGCACCCGAUGUGACAAUGUUAGAUAGAGUGAUUAUCUCUAGUGACGAAACUGACGGAGUAGAUAUGUAUGAUAUGACAUUAUCAGAAGCGGGCAUGACAAAUGGAUGUAGUUUUGAUGCAGAAGACGAUCAUCAGAAUUUCCGUGUUAAAAUAAUAGCAUAUGACAAAGAAAAGUCUGGAGAGGAAGACCUUGACUUCGAGAUUCUCAAUAAUAUAAAUGAUCUUCGUACUGCUAAUGAACAAAACAACAAGACAAAACCUGAUGAAAAUGAUGAGGAUGAUGAUGAUGAUGAUGAAGAUGAUUGUGUUAUUGAGCAGGCUGCAAGUCCUGCUGGAAGUACUGUAUGUGACAACAAUGGAGGAGCAGUUAAUUAUGUAAUGGUUGAUGAAGAGGAAAUAGGUCAUGAUGAAGUUACAGAAGAAAUCGGUAAUGAAGAAGAAGAUACAGAAAAAAUCAGUAACGAAGAAGUAGAUGCUGAAGAAAUCAGUAAUGAAGAAAAAUUGGCAAUAAAAAGAAAAGCUGAUGAGGCAAUUGAAGACAUUAAUGAUGCUAAAAAAAGCCGUGUCGACUAAGAUACUUUUUCGUGGUUACUAUUAACAGUCAAUUUGAACAUAAUAUACAUAUACAUAAACACAAAACAACAAUGUUGAUUUACCUAUUUUGAUGUUCCUCUCUAGUAAUACUGCUAUAGUUUUCAUAUUCUAAUAAUCAGACUACAUUAUAAUAAUAAUAAACUACAUCAAAAUUUGUAUUUUCAUUAUUGUGAGUGUUUCUUACUAAUUAUUAUUUUUUUGAUAACCGACUUAUAAAGAGAAAAUUUAUUCAUGUAUCAAUAUUUUUUAUUUAUAUGUGUGUAGGUUUAUGAUUUAGAUUGUAUGAAAUUUUAUUUGUAUUUAUUGUCAUUGAGAUAAAAUUAAAACUGUAACUCCCUAGUUAAAUUGCUUUGUUUGCUAAUUAAUUUUUUUAUUUUAUCCGACUAUUAAUGACUAAGAAUUGAAUUAAUGCUAUAUCCCCGUAAAAUUAUUAAAUAUAAUAUAUGAUUAUAUAUUUUAUUUUUGUAGAUGUAUUCACUUACUUGAUGUUUUGCAUUGAAAAAAUAAUAUUCUCCUUACAACAUUUCGUAAAAUGACUUAUGUAAAGCACGAAA